GAGAGGUGGGUGCCCGCGCGGAUCCCGCGGGCCAGGCCGAGCGGGACGCCUCCGUGCGCUGGCACCCUCGGGCCGCCUGCGGGCGGCCUGCGCCCGGGGCUCGGAGCUUGCAGGCGCAGCCCCGGCUUUCUCCCACUUUUGCUCAGCUUUAUUGUAGCUUUUUUUACACCAACUGCUAAUGAAAAUGUGGCCUUUCCCGCAAUUACCACCGUAGGCUUCAAAGUAGAGCGUGUUGGCCUUCUGACUCUGUUACCAGUGCAAGUGACACGUCCUUGACUUGCAGGUGCCCCGAAGAUAACCGAAGGGGCAAGAUCUGCCCCGAGGGCAGAGCAGCCACUUUGCAAAGGCUGUACUUACUCUUCUUCCGAGAUGCGCAUAUGUUACAUACUCACGUUCAAAGACAUUUUGGGGGGUUUUUUGUUUCUUUUUUGUUUUUUUUAAAGCAUUUUAUUUAUUUAUUCAUGAGGGACACACACAGAGAGAGGCAGAGACCCAGGCAGAGUGAGAAGCAGGCUCCCUGCAGGGAUGCUGAUGUGGGACUCCAUCCGGGGUCUCUAGGAUCACACCCUGAGCCAAAGGCAUUCGCUCAACCACUGAGCCACCCAGGUGUCCCUCAAAGACAUUUUUGUAUCACCUUUCCCCAUACUAAGUUUAUGGUGUACUUCUAUGUUUCUAUGUAUUUGGAAGGAUUUCUUUGACAAAGGCCAAAGAUACCUGGGACUGCCAAAGGACAAGAGCCCUCUCCUAUAAAUAGCCGUGCCACCAACCGCCCUAAAUGACCUUGGGCAUCCACCUCACCUCUGUGGCCCCAAGGCCCUCCCCCAUAAAAUAAGGAAGGCAAGCUGCUGGUUUCCAAGACUCUUACCCGAAUUCACCUAUUGUCUCCCUAGAGUUCAGGGAUCACUGCAGUUGCUCCAGGCUUCUUGGGUAUCCAGGUGGCCCAGAUUGGCCUCACCCACUGGGGGUGCCACACAUUACACCCUUUGGGCUGGCAUCCCCUCGUGUGCAGGAAGGGGACACGACUUGCUAUUCUCAUAAACACUACAGGAAAGAAGCCACUACUGUGAUGGGUGACAGUGACUCCUGCUUAAAGGCAUAUAGCUGCAGGAAUCAGGGGACUCUUUUUUUAAGAUUUAUUUAUUUAUGAUAGACCUAGAGAGAGAGGCAAAAACACAGGAGGAGGGAGAAGCAGGCUCCAUGCCAGGAGCUGGACAUGGGACUUGAUCCCGGGACUCCGGGAUCACGCCCUGGGCCAAAGGCAGACGCCAAACCGCUGAGCCACCCACGGAUCCCAGGAAUCAGGAGACUCUAAGGAACCCCUGAGCCAGGAGAUUGUCAUGCUUUGCAGGACUUCCCCCAAAACUUCAAGCCAAUGCUGUUGAGCCUUUGGCCUUCAUGUGCCAGGUGCCGAGGAAAUCUGUGAAGAGCUUGUAGUGUCACAUAACAAGCAUCGUGGCACUUCAGGUAGACGGAGGAGCUAGGUCAGAAAGUACCCAGACUGGUCUUCUUGGUGAACUUGGCGAGUUGGUUUCAUAACAUGUCACUCUCGGCUUGCACAAGGGCUCAGGUGGACUCUGCCCCGCAGCCAGAGAGAGGACUCACUCUCCACGCCCUUCCUGCCCUCCUUCUCUAUCAAGUUGACAGUGUUUGACUUCUGUCCCCGGCUCCCAUCCAUACUGGCUGGCAGACAGGAGGUCCCAAAGGCCCGGCACUUCAUGCCACAGAGCCAGGCCCCAGAUACGUGCAGAGGAAAAAGGCAGCGCGCUCUUCCACUCUUGCCAGCCAAUCAGCAGGACCACGACGUCUCCCUCGCGGGGUCUGCCGCCCUGGGGCAAGGCCACGGCAUCUGCGUCGGAAAUCACGGGGACGUCUUCCUGCCGGAGAAGCUGGCUCAGCGCGGAGCGGCGGCGCCUUUCGCAGCAGCGGUUUCUCUCAGCUCUGAACCAGCGGUGGUGGCCGCCUCGAGCCAUACCCGGGGUUGCACAUGCAGCCCGAGUCCAGGCAGGCCCUCUUGCAUGUCGCUGUGGCCAGCUGCCUCUGCACGGCCACCGUCUUCGCCGGGGUGUUCGACGGCAUCUUCGUCCAAGUGGGCUACGAGCACUAUGCCGAAGCACCGGUGGCCAGCCUCCCCGCCUUCCUGGCCAUGCCCUUCAACUCCCUCGUUAACGUGGCCUACGUCCUCCUGGGGAUGUACUGGCUACGGAGACGUGCCAGGGCCCCGGGGCGCGCCGUGGAGGUGUGGAGGGCUCGUUACCUGAAGGACGUCUUUGCCAGCAUGGCCCUGGUCUACGGCCCGGUUCAGUGGCUGCGGAUCGCGACGCAGCUGCACCACGCCGCGGUGCUUGACCAGUGGCUCACCCUGCCCAUCUUCGCAUGGCCGGUGGCCUGGUGCCUCUCCCUCGACAGGGGUUGGGAGCCCUGGUUGCUCCUUGCCAUCGAGUGUCUCUCUCUGGGCAGUUACGGGCUCGUCUUCCUGCACCCCUAUGGCUUUGAGGUCGCGCUGGGCGCCCACAUCAUAGUUGUCGUGGGCCAGGCCCUGCGUACUCACAGGCGCUAUGGCAGUGCCUCCUCAGGAACCUCUUUGGCUCUGGGCACGCUCUCCUGCUUGGGCUUCGUGGUCCUCAAGCUGUGUGACCAUCAGCUCGCGCGCUGGUACCUCUUCCAGCGGCUCACGGGCCACUUCUGGUCCAAAGUCUGUGACGUGCUCCAGUUCCACUUUGCUUUUUUGUUUCUGACAAAUUUAAACACUGGCCAAAGACUUCCUCCUGAGGGGAAGGUGCACUAAAGUGUGGAGAGGAAAACCUAAAGAAGAAAAACAAAAGAAAGAAGAAGGAGAAGGAGGAGAAGGAGGAGGAGGAAGAAGAAGGAGGAGGAGGAGGAAGAAGGAGAUGGAGAAGGAGAAGAAGAAGAAAAGGGGCGCCCAGUUAUCGGGCUCCGUGCGUGGAGCCUGCUUCUCCCUCUGCCUGUGUCUCGGCCCCUCUCUCUCUGUGUGUCUCUCAUGAAUAAAUAAAAUAAAAAUUCUUAAAAAAAAAGAUAUGAGGCUUACAUGAAAGACUGUCCCUCCCCUCGAAGUUACGGGCUUCGAUAUUUAGGGGUGAAAUGUUAUGCUGUCGGCUACUUACUUUCAAAGAGCUAAAGCAGGUAUCUAAGUGCAGAGGAUGUGGGGAGCAUUGUACUAAUCUUGUAACUUUUCUGUAGUUUGACAUUUUUUCAAAAUAAAAUGUUGGGGGCAAAUGACCCCCAAGAAAUC